UGGCGCUAAUGGAGAGCGGCGCGGCGGCUCCGAGCCGAGGCAGCAGCGAGCGCCUCGGCAGUACGCACGCACCAACGGCGGCCGCGCAUGCCUCUGCUCCGAGUGCGUAUAUUUUGACUAUAUCGACCCGCGCGCGAGUGGCAGGCACCAACAGCUGCUGAAAGGACGACCCAUUCUCGCGCUUUCUACCAGAGAAAGAUUCGCACACAAACACACACGAUGGCCGAGGCCAACGUGCAAAACAUCCCCCCCGCGAGCAACGGCCAAGAGGCCAAGGAGGCGGCCACCCGGCGGCCGCAGGUGGCGCGAAACGGCGCCGUCAACCGGAGGUCGUCGACGGGCAAGACGUCGCCCGCCACCUCGCCCCUCAAGCCGACGGCAGGAGCCCGUUCGGCCAGCCUCACCCCCGACCCGCACAACGAACGCAAAAAGCUGCCGAUGAACAAGGUGCAGGUGGGCCAGGCGGCGUCGCCCAACCUCAAGGUGGUGCGCUCCAAAAUCGGCUCUCUGCAGAACGCUGACCACAAGCCAGGCGGCGGCCAGGUCAAGAUCGAGAGCCGCAAGGUGGACUUCAGCAAGACGGGCUCGCGGAUCACGGCCAAGAACGACACGUACCAGCCGGGCGGCGGCGAGAAAAAGAUCCAGAGCACCAAACUCGAGUGGACCGCCAAGAGCAAGAUCGGCUCGCUGGAGAACGCGACGCACAAGCCUGGCGGCGGCGCCAAGAAAAUCGAGACUCAGCAGCUGAGUUUCAAGGAGCAGGCCAAGUCCAAGGUGGGCUCCAAGGACAACCUGAAGCACCAGGCCGGCGGCGGCAACGUCAAGAUCGAGACCAAGAAGCUCGACUUCAAGGUGACCAGCAAGGUGGGCUCGCUGGCCAACGUGACGCACAAGCCCGGUGGCGGCGACGUCAAGAUCUUCGACGACAAGGAGUACAUCAAGCAGAUGAAGCAAGAGGGCUCCGAGGGCAAGUCGUCGGGCAACCAGAGCCCCCUGCUGCACUCGUCCACCUCCGACCUGGAGCACGAGGGACUCCAGCAGGCGCCCAACCGCAGCUAAACGACUUUCAAAGUGCGCCUCAGAACUUCUUGUUGCUUUCAAUCUCUCAGAGUCUCGUAAAAUUACUUUCGCACGCCGUUUUGAUUUAGUUCAUUAACGUCGAAUUCCGCUAAUUGAGUGCGUCCAGCGAGAAAAAAGGGCAAGAUGAUUUCGUCGUCGUUUCAUUUUGCUGCUUUGCGGACACAAUUUAUUUGCAACGUAGUUAAGUGGGCAAGGAAGAUUAAUCUUACUUUAAGGCCAGGACUGAUAUGGAUUUGAUGUUUGAAAAGGUAACGUUGGAAAUUUUUCACUUUAAUUGAAAUUUUUUGAUGAACAGAUUUUCUUAUAUAAUCAACAAUUUCAAAAAAGAAAAAAAUUCAUAUUAUUUUCAAAAGGAAAAUUGAUCAUUAUCUCCCGCAUAUUAUAAUUAAAUUUUAAAUGAAAUCUAAAUAUAUUUAAUUAAUAAACAUUUAUGUUUAUAAUUAAUUUAAUAUGAGUACAAAAUAUACAAAAAUCCAACGUUUCCUCAAGAGUAUCAAGUUGAUUGUAAAGUAUAACUUUGUAUUCUGUAUCGAUCAGGUUGUGAAUAUGGAUGAGAAAAAGUGCUAAAUCACCGCGAGUGGAGACUGAAAGAAAGCUGGUCGGUGAAAAUGGUCGACGAAUUUGGAGUUUUUGUACGCACGCUGAUCGUUUUGCUAUAUUUAGAGGUCUAAAUAGCUACAGCUUUUUCACGCCGUUUUACCCUCGCGACUACAUUAAUAGCAGAGCUAUCCACAAAAAAGAAUACUCUACGGCAUUGUUUCUUGUCCCUUCUGCCGCGCACUAAUUUUCAAAGCACCCUUUUCUUAUUCUUGAUUCUCUACUUCCACACUCGCGACAGAGUGAAAAAUCCCCCCACAAGAUCGGACUGUGCACAGGGGAAAUUGUUUUCUUCCUAAUCUUGUUACCGUCUUAAAGGAACGAGAGGCAGAAACAAAACACUAAUCCCACGCAUUACUAUGUCUGUGUAUGACGGCAAAAAAAAAUCCUGCUAACUGUUGACCUAUUCGUGUAUUGAUAUUAUAUAAUCAUACAUCGUCUAUAUUCUAUUACCUUUUGCUGACUAAAAGGAAAAUAAUAAGUAUGUUGAGGAGGAAAUCACACCCACACAUGAUGAUAAAAUAAAAGAGAACUAAGACAUUAACUAUCCUACAUUGAUAAGUUAAAAAAAGUCAGCGGAACACCUGUAUCGAGUUGUGUUUUUUAAGUGAUAACAAACAUGCCAGGCAAGAAUCGGCAGAAAUUUGGUAAAACGCAAAUGCGUGUGUUCGUGGCGACUUUGCCCGCGGCAAAUAACACAGAAAGAAAAUCGAUCCAGCAUUUAAUCGACAAGAACCAUGUAUAGAAAUAAAUCAAUCACAAGAUCGCAAAAAAAAAAACAA